AGCACGGACAUACAACCUCACUUCCUGUCGCACAGGCAGCCGCGCACCAUCACCCCAUGGCGCCCGGCAACGGGAACUUCCUUCCCGGGUACGGCGCCGGGGCAGAUUGCGGUGGCAUGAACAAGCAGGGACACGCCCACACGGACAUGAUGGGCCUGUCAGAGGGAGGGAGCGGCAAUGGGGGCGGGGUUAUGGGUGGCAGCUUCCUGGGGGGGCUUGGAUUACCCCCUGGGGUCAUCGUCAUGGCGAUGGGGUCGGCGGGGGGCGGGAUAACGGACGCCAGCAGCGCUUUCCAGAUGACGGGCGGCCAGCGGGCGCUGACGGACUGCCAGCAGCACACUAACUCCUCCCCCUGCCCCUCCUCCUCCUCGCCCUCGUCAUCCGGUGUGGCCACGGCGGCAGCGGCGGCGGCGGCGGCCGGCGGGACUGGGGGCGGGGUCUCCCUGUCCUCUUCCUCGUCCUCCUCCUCGGGGACGGUGGCGAAGAGGAAGAGGAAGCGCUGCGGGGUGUGCGGACCGUGCCGGCGCCUCAUCAACUGCGGCGUAUGCUCGUCCUGCCGCAACCGCAAGACGGGUCACCAGAUCUGCAAGUUCAGGAAGUGUGAGGAGCUGAAGAAGAAACCCGGAGGGGGAGGGGGGAUGCUGGAGCGGCCGCCGUCCGUCCCGACCGGCGAGGCGUUCCGCUGGUUCUUCUGAUGGUCUCGGGUCUGGACCAGGACAGGUCUGCUCCAGGAGGAGGAGGAGGAACCCGCCACCGUCCCGAGGUUGUGGUCGGCUCGCCGCGUUGGCGGUUGCCACGGUUACGGCCUCUUUGCCCCGUUUUCCGAGGGUUGCUAUGGCAACGAUAUCAGCCUGGCGAUAGCGCUGCUCGGGAGUUAGCGUUACGUCGCUACAUCUCCACGUUCCACAUUCGAGAACUUCAGAGAAACAAUGUUGAAGUGUCAGAUUCUUCCGAACGAUCACCAGGAAAUUUGAUCUCCACUAGUUUUUGGUAAAAUCUAAAGUUUUGGACUCUAGAAGUGCUGACAGAACGUUCUCCUCUGAUCGAGGACGACCGUUGACAGAACGUUCUCCUCCGAUCGAGGACGACCGUUGACAGAACGUUCUCCUCUGACUCCGACGUGACGAAUGUGGUUCCUCAGAAAGCGAAUCUCAAUGCCGGAUCAGAAUCUGGACUAAAAGUUCUCAAUGAGAAUCAGUGAAAAACCAAACCGAUUGUUCUCAAACUCCUUGGACUGUUUUAGAACCGGACCUGCCGCGGUCCGAACAGAACCUCAGUGACGAAGCUGCUCCUCCUCCUCUUCCUCCUCCUCCACAAAUACAAUCUCCACUGUAGCCAAACUGAGAACAUUCAGGACUCCAGCAGAACCGACCCGAACCAGACGCUGACGAAACCUCCAGAGAAAAGAAGGAACGAACGGAACAGACCCAGCGACCUCGGCAGGAAGGGGUCCAGGACUGUUCCCAACCAGGACCAGAACGUCACCACUGUAGGACUACAGCUACCACAUCACUGUUACCCGUCUUCUGUCUACCUCCUCAAGAACCUUCAAGGCACCUUGCUUGUUUUUCUUUCCUUCAUGUCAGUGCGACUGGUUCUGGUUCUGAGUUCUCCGCAGUCCGCCGGGUUCCCGGGGGGUUCUGAUGAAAAGUUCUCAGGGCGCAGUCACUCCUCCAGGUUUGUUCCUUUUUUUGUAUCUGGAUGGUUCUUAUUGUGAAUCGUUGAAAACGACGUUCUAAAGCAAAGACCUCCUCGGCACCUUCAGUCCGAAACCCCAGAGAUCCCGACCGGGGCCCGGAGGAGGGCUCAGAACCAGUCUUCUCUGUUCCGUAGUUCCACAUGAAACAGGAACCAGAAGAGUUUAAAGGCAGCAGAAGAACCCAGAGAACCCGGAGGGUCUCUGGGAGAACCGAACAGGAAGAGACCAGAACAGUUCAUAUGUGAAGCACUCGUCAUUUCCAACACGCCUGGAAGUCGCCACAACAUCAGGAACCG